CUACUAUACAAGGGAGAUUUUUGUUUCAUUUUAUUUUGUGGGCUGAUCAAACAAACAAUGUUUUCAAGCCCUUGUUCUCUUGUUUUCUGCCUUUCAUUACUUUGUUCGUAUGCCACAGCUCUUCAUUAUGACGACAUCACCGCACAAAGUAUAAGUAUGGACGAAUACCUUGACCAACUGACUGAAAGCGUUCAAAAUGAAAUUGAUGGCGACAGUAUGAUGGGCCAUAAACCUCCGAACAGAUGGUAUUCUGUAAACCCACUCAGCAGCAGCGCCAACAGCCAGAAAAAUCAAAAUUUAAACGAAAAAGUUGAAAGUGGUAUUGCAAUUUUGCUGCACAACCAUUACAAUUAUCUGCAUAAAGUACGGAAGCAACUUCAGGUGCUGAACAACAGAGUUGAAGGAAAGUUGGACAUGUGGCCAAUCCGUAAACCAAAAGAUACAAGUACUCCUAAUGGGGAAACGAGCACGGAAGAAACGGAUGUCGCUCGCAAAGGAUUUCAACAACCAGAGUGGAUGGAUGACGUGUUUGAUCACGUGUUGGAUCUGAAACUAAUGCUUGAGGAAAUGCAAGGGGAAUAGAUUUUGCGACGUAAUAAUAAUAGAACUGAUUUAAUACAUAAACGUUGAAACCUGAAAGCAUUAAGCUUUGUUUUAAAAUUUAUAUUUUUGCGACAAAAGUCAAUUUUAAAGAAGUAUAGUCUUAUUCAGCGAUUUAAAUAUCAAACUCCUUUGCUGGGAUCUUAUAAGAUCGUGCAAGGUAACGACAAAAUAAGCCCGCGAGGCGUCAAAGUAUUGAUUUCGUGCAUAUAUCGACCAACAAAUUUAUAUUUCAAAGGUAUAGUUAGUGGUAGAUUGUAGUGUUUAUAACCAAAACACUUUUCGUAGCUUGCUUUUAUUUCGAAACUUUACUUAGUUUCCUAUAUACUAGGGUGGGAGAAGAUGGCACCCCUUUUCGUGUACUCGUCUCAUUAACAGUAAACAAAGACCAUUCAAAAUAUAUAAUUUCGUAUCCUCGCGACUCUUAUAGCCCGUUGUUAAUUUUUUAAAACACGAUCAGAAUAUUUGGAUAUUACGUGCUAAAGCUGUCCCAUCUUACCCCACAGUAGUAUAUGUUUAACACUUUUAAAUUAACAAUAUUAUAAUCUAUACCCAUACAGGCCGCCAUUUAAAGCUCCUUGAUAUGUAAACAACCCCGACCGUUAAAACAGUUUCAUAUACUAUAAUUGAAAUAGCUAUUGUACAUGCUUUGUUGACAUUUUUGUAGAGAAAUAAAAUAACACAAAAUAUUGUU